AGCUGGAUGCGACCCAAAGAUGUCCACCGUGGGUGCCUGACAGCUGAACUCGGCUGCGCUGGCGGCUUUGGGAGCGGCGCUGAGGGCUAAUCUGGGUCUCGCGAUUGGGCAGAGAUCCGAUGUGCCGCUCUCUCUCUCUCGGUUGCGCGGCUCAUUCGGUGCUGCUCGCUGUGAGCGCAGAUCAGUAUCGACAACGAGGUCUGGGUCUGAGAGGUAAACAGACUUCGUCAUCAUUCGUUUUUCUUAGGUUUCUCCAUUUUUCUUUCGUGUUCUUGUCAAGUUUUGAUCAUACCUGGAUCUUGCAACUGGAAGAGUGUCGAAUCUUGUUGGUCGACGAUGAUGACGAGAGCUCAAGACGCUAUCGGCGAUCUUGUUCAGCCUUGGAAAACGCGCCGGGGGCGAGUCAGGGUCUCGGCCACAGCCCUGCCAGGAGGAAUCUGGAGGAAUGACGUCUUUCCCGAUCGGGACGUGGAGAAAGUCUCUCAGACGAAAGCACUCUACCAGGCAGCGCUGAUGCUAUUUCAAGACUUUGCAAACCGACCGCAAUUCAGAUGUUUGUACUCCGUACAGCCAUUUGUUUGUCUGUUGCCCAGGUACUGUAGGUCCAUGGCGAGGUCAAACUCUCCGACAAUUCAAAGGUCCCACUGGCAGGGACGAAGUUCCGAAAAAAACCUGAGACCUGGAGCGGAACAGGGGCUUGGGCGAUCCGUUGGCGGGGUGGGCCACAACUUGGCCAACCUUCUUGGCCCAGUUUGCUUCCAGAAUCUUGACUUGCAGCUGUUGUGGGCUUUCGCAAGGUAAUGUAUGACGCAAACAGAGCGAGAUCGCGCUCGCAGAGUGGUGUGGCUGGCCUCGAAUGUAGUGUUGUGAACUGCUGAUUAGACAAGAUCCGCUACCUGGUAGUGAACGAUCUGCAU